AUGGCGGAACACAACUACAAGUUCAAUGUCACCAUGACCUGCGGAGGCUGCUCAGGCGCUGUUGAGCGAGUGUUGAAGAAGCUGGAUGGCGUCAAAUCCUACGACGUCUCCCUCGACACCCAAACCGCCAACAUCGUCACCGAAGAGAACCUCGAAUACGCGACAGUGCUGGAGAAGAUCAAGAAGACGGGUAAGAAGGUCAACAGCGGCGAGGCGGACGGAGUAGAGCAGCCUGUAUAG